CACAAAGCCCCAUCAAAGCUGGAAAGUUUAGUUGGAUAUAGAAACUUGAAAAACGUCAUUUGGUAUGUUUUGGAAUUCAACAUAAAAUGAGGGUAUAUUAGACAUUAAACAUAAAAGAGGCGUAUGUUAUGAAAUUUAGCCAAAAAUGCUUUGGUGAUAACUGCAAGGGAUGUGAAUGGUCCAAUUCCCCAAAAUGAGUUCACCGCGGCGAUUGCAGGCGCGUGCGUGCGUAAAUUCCUCGUCGGAGACUUCUCGAUCGGAUGUGCAACCGGAAAGUCUUGAAUCAUCUCUACUCCGCCUCGUCAAUGAUCAUCAGAGCUCCGCUAUACGACUGCGAGAACACACAGAGAAAUCGAAGAAAGAAGCGAUCAAGAGCGCGUCUCGCGUAUCAGAUCUGUUAGUGGAGGCUGUUAAUGGAGGCGUGGAAGAGUGUUUCGUGAACGAGAAGCGAAUCGAAGUCGAAAUCCGAGCAUUGAAGACUACCAUUAAGCGAUUUGCAAAACAGACUGAUCAGUGGCUUGCUUCUACUCAUGCUAUCAACAACGCUAUCAAGGAAAUAGGAGAUUUUGAGAACUGGAUGAAGACAAUGGAAUUAGAUUGUAAAAGCAUUGCUGCUGCUAUCUCCAACAUUCACCAGUCUUAAAUAGCGUGGUGUUGCCACAUCAUCUGGUACACUAUUUAUGACAUGGAAUUUUCCUUUAAUUCAAAUAGUUUUUUAUUUUUAAGUUGUGAUGUUUGAUAUAAAUUGUUUUAUGAGCAAGUUGUGUGAGAAGUUUGUAUGCUUUAAAACAUACAUUCUUACAAACAUGAUCCAUAUUUUUGCUUUUUUAAGUUUGUUACCUUAAAUUUUUGUUUUUAAUGUUAGGCCGGAGGGAGUUGUGCCAUCGAAACCGCACUCCCUCCCUCGCCACAUAAGCGUCAUGUCAUUUUUUUACCACACAAGUGCGGUUUCUUGCCACACCAAGGGGGGUGGUGCAAC